AUGCGUAAAGCGUCUCAGCAGUCAAACUCUGGGCUGGCAGGGCGCACGAACAGGACCAAGCGGCGGCAUUCAGAAGUGGAAGAGGACACUCCUACAAGUGGUGGAAGGGGCUUGUUCUCCACCAUCAAGAAGUUCAUCAGAGGAAAUGCUGUCAAGGUGCAGGAAAGCCCGGCCAAGAAGGCCCGAAUCCAGUGUGACGUGGAUAACAACCUGAUCACCUCCACUCCAAAUGCUAACGGCCCACGCAGCAGAGUUGGCAGGAAAGGCCCUGUUAAUGGCCAGGCCACUAAUCAUGACACGAGUAAGGAGAAAUCCAAUGGGAGCUUGGAAGAGGCCAAGACGGCAGAUGUGGCUAGUCCACCCAGAACAACCCUUCUCGGCACUAUCUUUUCUCCAGUUUUCAACUUCUUUUCACCUGCUAAAAAUGUCUCAUCAGGAUCUGACUCUCCGGACCAGGCACUGGAGGCCGAGGAGAUCGUCAAGCAGCUGGACAUGGAGCCGACUGUGGAGACGCCGACAAUCACCGGAGCAUCAACAGAAGAACUGUGCACCGCCACAAACUUCUACUCCAGUGUGUCCCAUUUGCCCCCACUGCGGGCCCCUCACAUCCCAGAGGCCUCCGCUACAGCUGAUGAAGUGGAGCUGGAGACAGACGCUGAUCUACCACCGCUUACAGCUCCAGGCUCCAGUCCAGAAAUAACCUAUGUGGAUUCUCCUCCUGCGGCCGUGCCCCCAGAAACCUCCUAUGAGGAAGACUGGGAAGUGUUUGACCCAUAUUUCUUCAUCAAGCAUGUCCCCCCGCUGACAGAAGAGCAGCUAACUCGUAAGCCAGCAUUGCCCCUGAAGACUCGCAGUACACCUGAAUUUUCUCUGGUCUUAGAUUUGGAUGAAACAUUGGUUCACUGCAGUUUAAAUGAACUGGAGGAUGCUGCACUAACCUUCCCCGUCCUCUUCCAGGAUGUCAUAUACCAGGUAUAUGUCCGUUUGAGGCCAUUCUUUAGGGAGUUUUUGGAGCGAAUGUCUCAAAUCUACGAGAUCAUUCUUUUCACCGCCUCAAAGAAGGUGUAUGCAGAUAAAUUGCUGAAUAUCUUGGAUCCUAAGAAGCAGCUAGUCAGACACAGACUGUUUCGGGAGCACUGUGUCUGUGUCCAGGGAAACUACAUAAAGGACCUCAACAUUCUGGGCAGAGAUCUGUCAAAGACGAUCAUCAUUGACAAUUCACCACAGGCCUUUGCAUACCAGUUGUCCAAUGGAAUUCCAAUUGAGAGCUGGUUCAUGGACAAGAAUGACAAUGAGCUUUUGAAACUGGUGCCCUUCCUGGAGAAAUUGGUAGAGAUGAAUGAUGACGUCCGGCCGCAUGUCCGAGAGAGAUUCCGGCUACAUGACCUUUUGCCUCCUGACUGA